AUGGAGGAAUCAAUAUUUGUCUUCUUAUCACUUCUACUACUUUCUUCAGUGCUACAAAGGGUACACUCACAUGGAAAUCAUCCACUGUCAAAACUUGCUAUUCAUAAAUCAACAUUUUCCCUUCUUCACCUUGCUCAUAUCAAAGCAACUCCAUCACUUCUGGGAUUACAAGGGAAAACUUCAGAAUGGAUAACUGUAGAAUACAGUUCUCCAAUUCCUUCAAUUGAUGAUUGGAUUGGAGUCUUUUCUCCUGCAAACUUUAGUGAUUCUACAUGUCCAAAAGAAAAUGGUAGGGUUUAUCCACCACUUUUGUGUUCUGCACCCAUUAAGUUUCAAAAUGCAAGUUACUUGAAUCCUCAGUACAAAACAACUGGAAAAGGGCUUUUGAAGCUUCAGCUUAUUAAUCAGAGAUCAGAUUUCUCAUUUGGACUGUUUUCUGGUGGUUUGUCAACUCCGAGGCUGGCAGCAGUGUCCAAUAAAAUCGCUUUUGCAAAUCCAAAUGCACCAGUUUACCCUCGUCUGGCACUGGGAAAGACAUGGAAUGAGAUGACUGUAACAUGGACAAGUGGAUACGGGAUUAGUGAUGCUGAGCCGUUUGUUGAAUGGAAUCCAAAAGGAGGGGAUCAUGUACAUUCACCUGCUGGGACACUGACUUUCACUCGUGACAGCUUAUGUGGUGCACCAGCUAGAUCAGUAGGAUGGCGUGACCCUGGAUACAUUCACACCAGUCAUUUGAAAGAACUGUGGCCUAACAGAAUAUAUGAGUACAAGAUAGGACACAGACUCAAUAAUGGAACAUACAUUUGGAGUAAACAAUAUCAAUUUAGAGCAGCUCCCUUUCCCGGGCAGAAGUCUUUGCAACGUGUAGUUAUAUUUGGUGAUAUGGGGAAGGAGGAAGUUGAUGGUUCCAAUGAAUACAACGACUUUCAGCAUGGUUCAACUAAAACUACCGUGCAACUUAUCCAGGACUUAGAAAACAUUGACAUGGUUUUCCAUAUUGGAGAUAUAAGUUAUGCAAAUGGAUAUCUUUCUCAGUGGGAUCAGUUUACAGCACAAGUGGAGCCAAUUGCAUCAGCUGUGCCUUACAUGAUUGCAAGUGGGAAUCAUGAGCGUGACUGGCCCGGGUCAGGAUCCUUUUAUGGGAACAUGGAUUCUGGAGGAGAAUGUGGUGUUUUGGCAGAGACUAUGUUCUAUGUCCCUGCUUCAAACAGGGCUAAAUUCUGGUAUUCAAUUGACUACGGCAUGUUCCAUUUCUGUGUUGCUGAUACUGAACAUGACUGGAGAGAAGGAACAGAGCAGUACAAGUUCAUCGAACAUUGUUUGGCGUCGGUUGACCGACAAAAACAGCCGUGGCUAAUCUUCCUUGCACAUCGGGUACUUGGUUAUUCUUCUUGUAUUUGUUAUGCAGAAGAGGGAUCAUUCGCUGAACCAAUGGGGAGAGAGAGCCUUCAAAAGCUGUGGCAGAAAUACAAAGUAGACAUUGCCAUCUAUGGUCAUGUGCAUAAUUAUGAGAGGACAUGUCCCAUAUACCAGAAUAUCUGCACUAGUGAAGAGAAACACAACUAUAAGGGAACCUUUAAUGGAACCAUACAUAUUGUUGCUGGAGGCGGUGGAGCAAGCCUUUCAACAUUUACUUCUAUCAAAACCAAAUGGAGCAUCUUUAAAGACUAUGAUUAUGGAUUUGUAAAACUAACUGCGUUUAAUCAUUCAACUUUGCUGUUUGAGUACAAGAAGAGCAGAGAUGGGAAGGUUUAUGACUCCUUCAAAAUAUCUCGGGAUUACAGAGACAUAUUGGCUUGCACCAUGGAUAGUUGUCCUAGUGCAACAAUGGCGUCGUGA